UGGAGCAAUGUCUGGCGAGACAGUGUAUGCCGAUAUCAAAUUUGCCAGAAAAAAAACUUCCUCUUCCAGCCCCCAAGCCCAAACGCAAACCCAGGAUUCCCACCAGUCCCCAGAGGGGCAUGUGACCGCUCUGAAAGUGGCUUGUGUUGUGAUCAUCCUUCUCCUGGUGGCAGUGAUAGCACUGAGUGCUUUUGCAAUUAACCAAAUGAAGGUGAUCUCACCGCAUUCUUCAAGGAAUGAUACAGAAAAUUCAGACAAAAUCAGCAGCUGCCCUGGAUCCACUGUGUCUACAAUCCCCACCACAGCAACAACUACCAUACCGAAAACGUGCAAAGAUGACUGGAAGAUGCAUAAAGGGAAGUGCUAUUGGAUUUCCAAUAAUACUGAAAAGAAAACUUGGAAUGAGAGUAAAGAGAACUGUGCAGAUAAGCAGUCAAAUCUGACAAUGAUUAAGGACAUGUGUGAUUUGGGCUUCCUGUGGUCACAGAUCCCAUCCUCAAGUUAUUAUUGGACUGGGCUGCACAUUCCAAGCCCUGGGAGCAACUGGACGUGGCCAGAUGGCUCUUCCCUUGACUGGAGCCUUUUCCAGGUAAAACCCUCAGGUGACAAGGAAACAUGUGCUGCACUCUCAAAGGAUGGGAUUUAUCCUGAAAAUUGUGGGGGUAUAAAUCUCUGGAUCUGCGAAAAGUAAUGUGGGCCCCUGAGCUCCAGCGACCUUCCUGUUCUCUGACUCUGUGACUGAUGGAGACACACAGGCAGCACCUGCCCUCCCCCUGAGCCCUGAUGUCCCUGCAUGUCCCAGGGCUUGGGGGAGGGGAUGAGGAUUGCCCUCUGGAUUCUUCCUUUUCAUUCUGUAGCCAAGCUGGGUGUUGACUAAGGAAAUAGAUUGUCCCAUCAGGAGGAGAGAAUUUAGUUUCCACCCUUGUCCCUUCUCCUUCCCUCCCCGGCAGCAGCGAAAGGAGGCUGAAUCCUGAGGAAGAGGAUCGCUCAACCCCUUGAACUCUGAUGGACUUCUCUUCAAGCAUUUCUGGGCCUAUUGGUGACAAUUAGAUGGACACAUCUAACCCAGGAACACUGGAGGCCUUAUGAUAAAGAGAAUUAUUCAUGGAGUGUGCAAGCCCUAAUAGCUUCAGGUUCAUCCUUAGAGUGGCUCAGUGUGACCUAAGUUUCACAUAGUUCAACGCAGCUCAUCCAGGAACCCUAGACUGAGUUGGUAGAAUUACUCGGUGGUAUUACUGCCAUGAUAAUGCUGCUAUGUGGCUAGGUGGCCCACACAGAAAUGAAGACAAAACAGUAUUUGCAAUGGAAAAGUUAUCUGCCCUAACACCCUUUCCUCAUGCUGAUAUAAUCAGUGAAGCCUGUGUUAAUUUGAAUACUUACAACAUCUAAACUAAAUUGAAAACAAGGACACACCCAGGGGUUGGUGGCUUAAAUUGCACAUCUUGAUUAUCAGUUUGAGUAGACAGAGCUUUUCAUUCUUCAGAAGAUGCCCUUGUGUUUCUCCCACUGAGCAGUUGUGAGCAAUUUUGCCUAGAAUGUAUAGAUUGUGUUAUUUCUGGGAAAAGAUGGGAUAGUGGAAUAUCAUUCCAAACUUGUGUGCACUUCUCUUUCCUCUCCAUCUGGGAUGUCCUUUUGCUGUGUCCCAUAGUGCUUAGGGGCCUGAAUCAGAGCAUGUUCUGGGCAUGACUCAGUCUGGGCAGACCAUGUGGUUCUGUUGAGUGAGAUUGGAUGGCAGGGUUCAGAAUAAGGUAGACUGAUCAAUCCCAGCUCACUGGGACAUUUGUAUAAUCUAAAAAUUGUGCAGGACGUGACCCUACAAGUGUGAGGUAUCUCUCAGAUGAACCAGGAAAUAUGACAAGGAUUCAGGUAUAGAAAAUGUUUGCCAAUAGGAUUUUUACAAUUUUUUACAAAAUUUAUACUUCUAUAGAUGUGAACUUUGCCUUUUCUGAGCCUAGUGAAAGAAAAUAUGUUAACUCCUUAACUUUCAGUCCUCUCUCUCCCUGACUAUCCCAACCGAAUUACAAAAACUGUCAGAUAGUUCUCAAGAAGUCAGUGGUUUUAUUUCAGUGUUGUGAUUGUAUAAUAUACUAUGUUUGUCCAGCAGUUUCUACUCUUGGCAGUUUCGACUCUGAAUUUCUGUCAGAAAUCAUUAUGAUUCCGUUAAGCGUGAUUUCCAAGGUAUCACUUUUUUCUGAUUGCUUUUCACCUUCAUCACUACAUACAUGACAGGGAAAUUUUAAUGAGGAACUGCAAAGAGGAUUAGUGGAUUUCAGUUUGGAUGUGAAAUAUGACAUGGGGAGGAUUUAAUGAUCCAAUAGCAGUCACUGAAUCCUGUGAGUGGAAAGUCUAUAAUAUUGAGUACAACACGAAGAUUGGGUUGGCUCGUAACCAAGGUCUGUUGUCUCGGAGCAGUGAGAGACUUAAUCAAAUCAUAUUUAUUGAGCACUUACUCUGAGCAGAGCACUGUACUAAGCACUUAGGAGAGUACAAUACAACAGAGUUGGUAUGCAUCAUCAUUCCCUCCCUAGUGCUGUUUAAUUGAUAUAUUUUGCCUAGAGAUUCUUGAUUGGGAAAUUCCACUUGUUUUCCUUGUUGCAUUAUCAAUCAAUCAUUGUCAGUUACAUUCUUAUUAUCCUACAUGCCCACCCUCCCUAACAUAGGUUGGGGGCCCCUUGUGGGCCAGAAGGCCUAGGUCUUAGAUUAUUUUCCUACAAUAACACCAACGCUUAGUACAGUGUUUUGUACACUGUCCUUAAUAAAUAAAUAAUAAAAGUAGAAAAAUGCCAAACCAUGUUUUUGUUAAUACCUGUGAUUAUAAGCAUCUGCAGUGAUUAAUUCUCUCCCAGCACUUAGUACCAUGCUCUGUACUAAGCAAGAUAAUUAGGUUGAACACUGUCCCUGUCCAAUAUGGGCCUCACAGGCUAAAUCAGAUGAGAAAUUCGAGUGACUUACCCAAGGUCACACAGCAAAACAGUGAUGGAGUCAGGAUGAGAACCCAGGACCUCUGACUCCCAGUACCCUGCUCUUUCCAUGAGGUCACACUGCUUACCUGACUCCUGCUUCCAGCUUACACUGGCUUACAUCUUCCCUCCUGCCUGAAUCUCCUUCUCUCUUCAAAUCUUCCAGGGAUCAGCUCUCCCUUUCUGAAAUCCCUCCUCCACCAGGAAGCUGUCCUCCACUAAUGUUUUUCCUUCCACGUUUCAUCCACCUGAUUACCAUCUCAACACUUUCGCACUCAUAGACUAUUUUUGCACAGUUGAAUAUAAUUUAAGCACUUCUUCCUUUCUGUAAAUUAGUGUGUCCAUAUCCGCUGUUAGAUUGACUGGAUUUGUAUCUCCCAACUCUGUGUGGAGUACAGUGAUCUUCAUACAAUA